UUGAAUUUAAUGAAGUCAACGCUAGUGAGCCAACAAACAACAAAAUAUUGACGACACCGCAUUAAAUCCGGUUUUCUUAGCAAUGCAGUGACGGAAUGUCUGUUGGUCGUUAAGCACGCUGACAACAUACGCAUAUACAGUUUUUCAUAUGAUGCAAAUCAAGCGUCUAUUAUGCAAAUCCUGCUCCCUGGCCUCGCUGCUCAUUGCUGGCGUCUGGAUGCUGGCCCUACUCGUCUACAUGCAUAUGCUGCGUGGCACCAUUCCGGAGGCUGGCUGGCGAUUCAGCACCGAUGUGAAUGUGACGCCUCGAGUCGAGUUAAGUUAUAAGGCGCAGGUUACAAUUGGCUGCUCGCCUGCAUCUCUGAACUCCACACGAUCAUCGGAAUUGUCUGCGGGGAAGGCAGAGCAGAAACAGGAACAGUUCGAUCUGUUGGGCGUGGUGCGCAACAAACAGGACAAGUAUAUACGCGACAUUGGUUAUAAGCAUCAUGCCUUUAAUGCGCUAGUUUCCAAUAACAUUGGACUCUUUCGAGAUUUGCCCGAUACACGACACAAGGUGUGCGACCGCGAGGAUACCAGGGAGUCGGAAUUGCUGCCACAGGCAUCGGUUAUAAUGUGCUUCUACAACGAGCACAAAAUGACAUUGAUGCGCUCCAUUAAAUCGGUGCUGGAGCGCACGCCGGAGUAUCUGUUGAAGGAGAUUAUUCUUGUGGAUGAUAACAGCGACUUGCCGGAACUGGAGUUUCAUCUGUUGGCCGAUUUGCACGCCCGACUCAAGUACGACAACCUGCGCUACGUACGCAACGAGCAGCGCGAGGGAUUGAUACGAUCCCGUGUUAUAGGAUCCCGAGAUGCAAGCGGCGACGUUUUGGUCUUCCUUGACUCGCACAUCGAAGUGAAUCGUCAGUGGCUGGAGCCGCUGUUGCGGCUGGUUAAGGAGGAAAAUGCGACGCUUGCGGUGCCUGUGAUCGAUCUAAUCAAUGCGGACACCUUCGAGUACACGCCUAGUCCUCUGGUGCGAGGUGGGUUCAACUGGGGCCUCCAUUUUCGCUGGGAGCAUCUUCCGGACGGGACCCUCAAGGUGCCGGAUGACUUCAAAGGACCCUUUCGGUCACCCACCAUGGCGGGUGGAUUAUUCGCCGUGAACAGGUUGUAUUUUCAGCACAUUGGCGAAUACGACAUGGCCAUGGACAUUUGGGGCGGCGAGAACUUGGAGAUCUCAUUCCGCGUCUGGCAGUGUGGAGGAGCCAUCAAGAUUGUGCCGUGCUCCCGUGUUGGACACAUCUUUCGUAAGCGACGUCCUUACACGGCUCCCGAUGGCGCCAAUACCAUGCUGAAGAAUUCUUUGCGUCUGGCACAUGUCUGGAUGGACAAAUACAAGGAUUAUUAUCUAAAGCACGAAAAGGUACCCAAAGACUACAACUUUGGCGACAUAAGUGGACGCCUGGAGCUGCGGGAGCGUCUACUCUGCCACGACUUUGCUUGGUAUCUUAAGAAUGUCUAUCCCGAGCUGCGUGUGCCCGGCGAGGAGUCCAAGAAGUCUGAACCGGCGCCCAUCUUCCAGCCGUGGCACUCGCGCAAGCGCAACUAUCUGGACUCGUUUCAGCUACGGCUCAGUGGCACACAGCUGUGUGCUGCUGUGGUAGCUCCAAAAGUCAAAGGCUUCUGGAGGAAGGGUAGCUCUUUAACACUGCAGCUCUGCCGGCCGCGUGCCCCCAAUCAGACGUGGUACGAGACCGAAAAGUCGGAAAUCAUCCUGGACAAACUCCUGUGCCUGGAGGCAGCGUCGGAUGCCCUCGUCGUGAUCAACAAGUGCCACGAGAUGCUGGGCGACCAACAAUGGCGCCACACUCGCAACUCCGACAGUCCUGUCUACAACAUGGCAAAGGGAACCUGUUUGCGAGCCGCGGCUGCUGAAGUGGGAGCCGGAAUCAGCCUGGACUUGUGCUCCAAGGCCAGCGGCGUAGGAGGGGCCUGGGACAUUGUCUUAUUAAAGCAGGAGGGCAAGAAGGAGCAGCAGCCGGACAAGCAGCUGUGAGCGACUUACUUUGUACGCAAUUUUAGACUGAUCUUAGUCUUUAAGAAUAAGAUGUUGAUUGACCUAUUAAGUCAACAUAUGUAUGUAAAUUAGUCUGUACUUUGCACAAGUGUAGUUUAUUACUCAAAGUGACAAUAGCCAAUGCAAUUGAUAUGUGUACAUAUGUGUGUACCAAAUUGAUCCAUUAUUAUUACGUACAAAUUCCACAGUUAAAGUCGUUCUAGUUUGCUUUAUUAAUUGUAGAAAUGAAAGCAUCAGCGGCCUACCUGAAAUUCAUUUACUUUUAAUUCGAUAUCUUUGAUCAGCUGUCCUUUUCAAAAUAUUUAAGAUGCCGCAGAUUUUGAUAAGCAACCGAUAUAUCGAUAAUUGUAACAUAUCUGCAAAAUAUUUUGUUGACAAAAAAAAUAGGGUAUUCCAUAAACGGAUUCAGAAUUGCUUUCACAGUUCAGCUGUUCCCAGCUGCUUAAAAAAAUUGUUUUCUCAAAGUCGGGUCAUUCUUUCAAUAUUAGCUAAAUCUGCUCUGAGUCAGAUAUCAGUUUCAUUAUACUUUGAUUAUAUGUGUGACUUCACUUUGGCAGAUUCAUUUGGCAAUACUUGGUGUUUGUUUCCAUUUUUAUCAUAUGCCAGACAGCUAAGGAGAGCCAAGGGAUUUAAAGUCGAAGCUCAAAAAUAUGCCAAAAAGGCGCCGGUAAAAUGAAGCUGGAAAUGCUUGAAUUGUAAUUUAAUCAAUAUAUUUAAAUAGUAUCAUUUUAAUACUACUAUACUGCAACCAAACUAUUAUUAAAAAGCCUGAAAACUAGUUUUCACACCUUUUGUUUAUCAUA